AUGAAAGAAAUAACAUUUUACAAACGUUUUGAAAAAGACAUAUUAGAAAAGAAGAAAACAAUUACAAUUAGAAGAGAAGGUGAUCUUAAAGAGGGUGAUAUAGUUAGAGUUUCAAGAUAUGAAGAUAAUAUAUAUUUUUGUAAUAUUAAAAUUUUAUCAGUUUCGCAAAUUAAUUUUGACCAUUUAAAUGAAACACAUGCAAUUCAAGAGAAUAUGACUUUAGAUCAAUUAAAAAAUGUUAUUUCCGAAAUUUAUCCAGGUUUAUUAGAUUUAUUUUUAAUUGAAUUUAUUUUAAUUGAUUAA